GCAUUGAGCAGCCAACAACUCUCCCUGCGUCACUGCCUGCCAACAAACACAUAAAACUGACGCGCAUUACGGUUCUCGAGAUCGACUGUCACCGUUUACGAUCGUGGAUACUCCCUCCUUGCCAUUUUAUUUCGAGUUUCGUCACCCCUCGUUGAACAAUUUUCAUAUUGACAACCCGCAACAUUUGCUAUUCAGCAGAAAUACCGUCAAACGAGGACGCUGGAGGGAGACAAUUGCAAUGGCGACAACUCCGCCUCCCCGUACCAUUAGGACUCCACCUGCUCCGCGGUAUGGGUCGAAAUUCAAUUCAUUUGAACCGUUCUCGACCCGAUAUUCUACUCGUUUAGCAAACCAAAAGACCUAUCGAGGUUCCCCAAAUCUCUCUAUACCUAAUUCUCAGCACUUAUCCAAUGACGCCGAGGUUGUAACGGACGUAAAAGGAUGCGCCAGCGAAGAAGAUUCAUGUUCCUCGCCCGAACGCGUGCAAGCCUCUCCCACUAGGAGGAGUGACAGAAUAACCAAGGGUACCAGACCAUACAUGGAAACCCAUUCACUCUCUGAUAACACUAGAGGAGAAAUUGACAGGCCUUCUCAACCCACAUCAGAUGCUUCUCACAGUGUGUCAAACGUUAACAGCGAACACACAUUACUCACAGCGAACAUGCUUCCAACACCUGCAAAAACCCCACGGAAGAAGGCUGUCCCGGACCCCAGCGCUGUCGCUCGUACUUUGUUCAAGAGCAACUCCCAAUCCAAAGCCAUUGAAACCCCAAUUCCAAAAAGGCAAAGGGCCAAAAAGCUCAAAGGGUUUUCUCUAGAUAGUUUUAACGCGGAUCUGGAGAACGAGGGAAAUGACGAAAUUACGAUCUUUACCGACUCGAGGGAUCGAAUCCCUGAAGUUCACGAUACCGCGGACAACCCUUUCAUUAGCCGACCUGAUGAUAACUCCCAUGACGUUAAUAUAAGCGUUGAAAUGCAGCGUGACGAGAAAGUUCAAGAAGCCCUUCAUAGAGAUGAUGGGAUGCUCUACGUUUUCCGUGGAAAGAAAAUCUUCCGAAAAUUCAAUUCCGACAGUGAAGAAGAUGACGAGACAGAUCAUGGUCUGUUGGCAUCUCGACCUGAUCUUCUAGAAGAGACGAGAAUCCCAGAUGUCCAGCCCCUGACUCGCGCUUCCAUCAAACCACGUCUACUAUUCCCAAAGGCACUGCAUCGAGGGAACUCGCGUGGUUCGAGAUUCGGCGGUACCGAAAAAACCCCAGACCCCGAAAAAACAUGUGAAGCGGAUACACCUGACAAAAGGAUAUCCAAUCCCGAUCCUCCCCAUAUUAGCAAUAAGCAUAUUCCUACGACACCGCCUUCCAAAAUAGCUAUAUCAACACCAUCAACUCCUAUUACUGGUGGCCGCUCUCUUCGUUCGCACGCCAAAGAAGCCCAGGAUGGUUUAGAAAGCCCUUCUAAAUCUAACAACGGGACUGCAGUUCGCAUGAGCCCGUUCGACAGAUGGACUAGGACGAAAUCCCAAGCGUCGCCGGCGACACUGAGAAAGAGAGUGGGCACUGUCCCGAGUGACACCAUCGAACCAGUUAUGAAGAAAGCUCGCAACAAAUGAAAGAGAGAAAGAACUCCAUUUUCUUUUGUCCAUCAUUGACCAGAAGAGUCCGCUUGGUUUACCAUUUUCAAUCCCUCUCUCCUCCUGUCACAACUCAUUACACAUUAAUCGGCCACAUCAUUCCACCUUCCUUCAAUGGACAGCUCUUUUAUUAUCGUACCUUAUUUUUUACUCCUGCUUACACAGACGUCCAUUCUUUCACGUAACCUUUUCCUUUUCCUCUUCUCUUACUUACCUUUUAAUCUACUCUAUGACGAGAUCACGACCACAACAAUCUGAUGUUUCCUUGAUUUUAAAAUGGCUCAUCCUUUCCUCCCUUGACGUUCCCAACUUAUUUGAUCGAUUUUUUCAGCAGCUCUUACAGGAACAGGCCGAACAAGUGUACGUCGUUUACAUCUUGACUUGGUGCUUCUCUCUUUUGAACUAGACUCUAAUGCCCACUUUUAUCAAUUUUCUCCUUUGGGGAUACCAUAUUCAAUUCGAGUAUUCGUGGCAAGGAAUAGGAAGUGUUUAUUAUUUUUGUCCGUCAAUAAAUGUCUUAUUUUUUGUCCCCUUGCUUGGCUUGCUUUCUACUUUUUCCGUAACGUUUUUUGUCUCUUCUGCGUCCCUGUUGUUGGGUUGAUUCUUCAUUACCUGUUUACCGUACAUUUGCAGGCAUGCAGUCGUCAUACGUGGUUGUUUAGAAGAGCCCAGAACUCCUUCCUGACUUGUUCAUUUGACUACACAUAACUGAGGGUAUCAAAUUGAAUUAUGUUAUUUG